AUGUGGAUCCAGGUUCGCACCAUGGACGGGAAGGUGGCCCACACCGUGGACUCCUUGUCCAGGCUGACCAAGGUGGAGGAGCUGAGAAAGAAGAUCCAGGAGCUAUUCCACGUGGAGCCAGGCCUGCAGAGGCUUUUCUACCGGGGCAAGCAGAUGGAGGACGGCCACACGCUGUUUGACUACGACGUCCGCCUGAACGACACCAUCCAGCUCCUGGUCCGGCAGAGCCUUGUGCUGCCCGUUCCUGUUCCCGGCAGCAGCAGUGGAAUCAAGGAGAGGGACUCUGAGCUCUCGGACACAGACUCUGGCUGCGGCUUGGCCCAGAGCGAGUCGGACAAGUCCUCCAACAGCGGUGAGGCCGCCAAUGAGCCAGAAGGGAAGGCAGACGAGGAUGAGUGUGAUGAGACGGAGCUGGGACUCUACAAGGUCGGCGAGUAUGUGGAUGCAAGGGACACGAAUAUGGGCGCGUGGUUCGAGGCCAAGGUCAUCAGGGUAACCAGGAAGGCUCCGGCUCACGACCAGCCCAGCAGCUCCAGCUCAAAGCCAGAGGACGACAUCAUCUAUCACGUGAAAUACGAUGACUACCCAGAGAACGGAGUGGUCCAGAUGACCUCACAGAACGUCCGGGCUCGAGCCCGACACACCAUCAAGUGGGAGGACCUGCAGGUGGGCCAGGUGGUCAUGGUCAACUACAACCCAGACCUCCCCAAGGACCGCGGCUUCUGGUACGAUGCCGAGAUCCUGCGGAAACGUGAGACCAGGACGGCACGGGAGCUGCACGCCAACGUCAGGAUCGGGGGUGAUUCUCUCAACGACUGUCGGAUUGUCUUCGUGGACGAAGUUUUCAAGAUCGAGCGUCCGGGCGAGGGGAACCCCAUGGUGGAAAACCCGAUGAGAAGGAAGAGCGGGCCCUCUUGCAAACACUGUAAGGACGAUGAGCGGAAGCUAUGCCGCAUGUGCGCCUGCCACAUGUGCGGGGGCAAGCAGGAUCCCGACAAGCAGCUGAUGUGCGACGAGUGCGACAUGGCCUUCCACAUCUACUGCCUGCGCCCACCACUCAGCAGUGUGCCCCCUGAGGAGGAGUGGUACUGCCCCGACUGCCGGAUCGACUCCAGUGAGGUGGUGCAGGCGGGCGAGAAGCUGAAGGAGAGUAAGAAGAAGGCGAAGAUGGCGUCGGCCACAUCGUCCUCGCAGCGGGACUGGGGCAAGGGCAUGGCGUGCGUGGGCCGCACCAAGGAGUGCACCAUCGUGCCGUCCAACCACUUCGGCCCCAUCCCGGGCAUCCCCGUGGGCACCAUGUGGAGGUUCCGAGUCCAGGUCAGUGAGUCGGGGGUCCAUCGACCUCACGUGGCGGGUAUCCAUGGCCGGAGCAACCACGGGGCCUACUCCUUGGUCCUGGCUGGAGGGUAUGAGGACGAUGUGGACCAUGGGAACUCGUUCACGUACACAGGUAGCGGUGGACGAGACCUUUCUGGAAACAAGCGGACUGCAGAACAGUCUUGUGAUCAGAAACUCACCAACACCAACAGGGCCCUGGCUCUCAACUGCUUUGCCCCCAUCAACGACCUCAAAGGGGCCGAGGCCAAGGACUGGCGAUCGGGGAAGCCAGUCCGCGUGGUGCGGAACGUCAAGGGCCGCAAGCACAGCAAGUAUGCGCCCAUCGAGGGCAACCGGUACGACGGCAUCUACAAGGUUGUCAGGUACUGGCCCGAGAAGGGCAAGUCUGGCUUCCUGGUGUGGCGCUUCCUCCUCCGUCGAGAUGACGUGGAGCCGGGGCCCUGGACCAAGGAGGGCAAGGACCGGAUCAAGAAGCUGGGGCUGACCAUGCAGUACCCAGAGGGCUACCUGGAGGCCCUGGCCAGAAAGGAAAAGGAGAACAGCAAGCGGGCAGCCCUGGACAAGGAGGAGGAGGACGGGGAGGAGGGCUUCACAUCCCCCAGGAAGGGCAAGCGGAAGAGCAAGUCGGCCGGAGGUGACGGGUCCUCGCAAGGGACGCCCAAGAAGACCAAGGUGGAGCCCUACAGCCUCACCACCCAGCAGAGCAGCCUCAUCAAGGAGGACAAGAGCAACAUGAAGCUGUGGACCGAGAUCCUGAAGUCGCUCAAGGACGGGCCGAAAUUCCUGAGCAAAGUGGAGGAGACGUUCCAGUGCAUUUGCUGCCAGGAGCUGGUGUUCCGCCCAAUCACGACCGUGUGCCAGCACAACGUGUGCAAGGACUGCCUGGACAGGUCCUUCAAGGCCCAGGUGUUCAGCUGCCCGGCCUGUCGCUAUGACCUGGGCCGGAGCUACGCCAUGACCGUGAACCAGCCGCUGCAGGCCGUGCUCAGCCAGCUCUUCCCCGGCUAUGGCAGUGGGCGGUGA